AUGCAGGAGGUUAUGGGAGAGCAGUUCCCUGACGACGAGGAAGAAUUCCAGAACGCUCUCCGCAACGGAGAGGUUAUUUGCAGACUUGCCAACAUUAUUCGUCCUGGAAGUGUUCGUAAGGUAAGUUUACGCUUCUUUUUUGAAUCUCAGAUCAAUCACGGUGCUGUAUUUUUGGAGCGCGAGAACGUUAGCGCUUUCAUUUCCUUUGCCCGAAGCAUCGGCUGCCCCGAGAUGGAUUUGUUCUGUGUGAACGAUCUGUACGAGCUGAAGAACUUCAAGAAGGUGUGCAUGUGUAUCCUCAGUGUGGGAAGAUACUCUGCAUCGGUGGAAGAGUUUGAGGGUCCCUAUUUCAUUGGUGGUAAGAUGACCUACAACCGCCAGGGCGAGGUGGAGCGUGUGGUUCUGGACACCACAAGCGAAAAUCCUAUCUGUCCCACCUGCCACAAGCCAGUCAUGUUCACUGAGCGCUUCACCGCUCUGGGCGAAGUGUACCACAAACUUUGCUUCAAGUGCCUGAACUGCGGCAACAUCAUCGGCGGCGGCGACUACUGCGACCACAAUAACAAGCCGCUGUGCCCGAAGUGCUACGAGCAGCUGUACGGCACCCGUCCGAACAAGGCGGAGUACAGCGCGAAGGGCUCGUACCGCGUGGAGGAGAACGAGCGCCACACGCCGGUGCUGAGCAAGAACGCGGAGGCGAUGCGCGAUCUGUUCAAACCCACGGUGGUGAAGUGCGCCACCUGCGGAAAGACGGUGUACCCUGCCGAGAUGGUCACCUUCCACGGACAGUCCUACCAUAAACUGUGCUUCGUGUGCGUGCAGUGCGGACACUCCAUCGCGCAGGGAGAGCAGUUCGAGAGAGAUGACAAGCCCUAUUGCAAGGCCUGCUAUAAGAAGCUGCCCGCGUUCAAGCUGGAGGCACCCGGAAUUGUUUGUUACAGACUUUUCCGUUAUGCGAAGUUAGAUUAUUUUAUUAUGGAAGUCUCUUUCUAUCCUCCUUUUCAAAGUUUAACGAUUCCUGAGGGGCACGAGAAGUCUGGUGAAUAUCUGACUCAGGUUAUUUGUGACUACACUGGAUUAGGGAGCGCAGACGUUUAUCUAUUUUACGAAGGAAUCUUGAUUGGGGAAAAUGAGACCCCAAGCAAAUAUGAGGCUGAUGAAUCGAGCUCUCUCAUGUGCUACGUUAAGACAAAGUCCGUCGAGAUAGCCCAGCCUAAUAUUUAUAAUGGAAUGUGCAAUGGAUCUUUUAACCCUUCAUUGGCCCAUUCUUUUAAGAGAUCCUCAACCCCGAUCAUCCCCAAGGCGACUCCGGUGUUUGAAACCAGACAAGAAACCGAUAGGGAAUAUGCUGAGCGCUGUAUCCAGGGAGGCCUUUAUACGUCUGCUCUAUGCGAUUUGAGAGGCAACCGCUCUCUCCACUCCCUUUUCUUCAGUAAACUGCAGAGCAUGGACAACAAAUUGUACAGAAUAUUCAGGGAAAACACCGAUUUGUUUGAGAGUUAUCUCGAGCGAUCACCUGACUUGCCACAUCCAAAAGAUCCCAAUUAUCAGAUGGUGCUGCUGAGUAAGCAGGACCAGGACAACCUGGUGACUAUUUGCGAUAUGAUGAAUCUUGAUUUGGCCACAGCUACAUUGCAGUAUUUGGAGAGCAACCGAAAUAUGGAUGAAUGGGUCCAGCGAUACGUAGCAUUUUGUUCUGUUUGA